AUGACAGACACCACGCCGACGUCGUCCGCGCCAGACAUGCGCAUUGCGCUCAUCGGCGCGGGCACAAUCGGGCUGUCUCUCGCAGCCCUGCACCUCACGCACCUCCCUGAUGCGUCUCAGCUCACCAUCAUGGAUGUCCGCCCUGACCUCGAAUCGUACGUCGCAACUGUCCUGCCGACGUAUCUGCCUCCCGGCUUGCGGAAGCUUGCCGCCGAGGUCAAGCUCACGUCGUCCGUCGCGGACGCCGUGGCAGGCUGCACCAUUGUCCAAGAGAGCGGUCCAGAGAAGCUGGCCUUCAAGACGCAGUUGUGGGCGGAAGUCGAGAGGGUCGCCCCGCCGGAUGCGCUGCUCUGGACGAGCACCUCUGGGAUCCCCGCGUCGCAGCAGAACGCCGGCAUGACGGACAAGACGAGGCUGCUCGUGGUGCACCCGUUCAACCCGCCACACAUCCUCCCUCUGCUGGAGAUUGUGCCUUCGCCCCAGACCUCGCAGGCGGUUGUGGCGAAGACGAUGGACUUUUGGCGCCGGAUCGGGCGCGAGCCCAUUUUGCUCAGCCGGGAGAUUACGGGCUUCGUCGCGGGUCGUCUGGCGUGGGCGCUCCUGCGCGAGGCGAUUCACUUGGUCGACGAGGACGUCGUGACGGUGGAGCAGCUGGACCGCAUCAUACAGACCAGCAUGGGCCCGCGCUGGGCGUACGCCGGCCCGUUCAAGAGCUUCCAGGCGGGCGGCGGGCCCGGUGGCCUGAGGGCCCUGCUGGGCAACGUUGGCGGGACGGUGCAGGCCUGUUGGGACGACGGCGGACGCGUGAACAUGGGCGGCCCAUGGGAGAGCAAGGUGUUUGCACAGGCCGACGAGGCGUACGGACAGCCUGACCUGGAGGAGCGCGACCGCGCCAAUCGAAUGGUGCUGAGGGCCGUGCGCGAAGCCAGGAGCAGCUGA